AGUCUGUCCAUUUUGGACUAGCCACAAUACAGCAACAACAAUAAACAACGUCAACGAUGAAAGGUGGAACAUUUCGCAGCACACAAUGGGAUCCAACGCUGCUCACAUCACAAAUUUUGUCCAUGCAAUUCUGCGUGUAUUUCUCCCUCGGCCUGCUCGUCUUCGUGGCCAACAAGUUGGCUGGCGACAAUUACACGCUGGAUCAUCUGUUUGAGUAUCAUGAAAUACAUAUAUACGAUUUGGGCGGUCGUCUCGUCAUUUGCGCAUUUGUCGUAAACGCUCUUAUUGCCUCGCUGGCGCUCUGGUGCAUUGUGCGUCGGGCCAAGCUCUGCCUGGAUUUCAGCUGCACUUUCCAUUUGCUGCAUCUGCUUGUCUGCUGGUGGUACAAUCGCUCAUUUCCCGCUAACGCUUCCUGGUGGCUGCUCAACGUCAUCACCGCGACCAUAAUGUGCAUAGGUGGUGAAUUUCUCUGCCUGCAAACAGAGAUGCGCGAAAUUCCAGUCGGCUAUGCAGCGCUCAAUCAAAAGUCGGACGUUUGACGAGUACCCCAAAUGUGAUGCUUACAACAGAAAAGAAAGCCACCAAUUACGCUAAACUUACUACUUGUAAUUUAUUGUUAACACUUUAAGAAUAUGUAUAGAAUAAUAUACGAGCUCUCAGCUAGGGAAAUAACUCAUA